CCUGAUCGCUCGCGCAUGCGACGCAAAAUAUCAGACGCAGCGGAUGGUCGGAACAACCAUGGUGGUCGACAUGGAGCUACAAGAAGCUAAAGCCGCGGUAUUUGAGCUGAUGAAAGAAAAAGACAAGAUCGAAUCCGAACUGCGAACGCUAAAGGAGAUCUUGGACAGCAAUCAUGUCGACAUGAGCGAACCAUUGGUGGACUCUGAGCAAUAUCCUAGACAGGAUAUCGACGUUUAUCAAGUGAGACGUGCGAGACACGACGUAAUAUGUCUUACAAAUGAUCACAAGGCAUUGAUGACAAAGAUUGAGGAGGGUCUACACAAAGUUCACACUUUAAUGAAGGCAAGCGAUGUACAACAGGCUGCAAUUGAUGUAAUUGAUGACACAAACAGUUGUGAGACAGAAACAUCAGAGCCUUUUCUUAGAGUGAAUUUAGUUUCACCUGGUUCACCAGCAGAAAGUGCAGGACUUCAAGUGGGAGAUCUUAUACUGGAAUUCGGAUCGAUUCGUUACCGAAACUUCAAGACUUUAACAGACAUUAAAAGGCUGGCAGAAAACAGCAAAUUCAGAGCAAUCAAUGUAAAGAUAAAACGCAAGUCAGAUAUCACAGUUUUGUCCUUGACUCCACGUCCUUGGACUGGUGAAGGUCUCUUGGGUUGCAGCGUAAUACCUCUCGAAGCAGUUGAGAGAUAAAGUUACGUUGGGAAGUGAUAUAUCAAGAGCUAUAAACUGUUUAUGUGUACCUGCCUUAUUUAUCAAUAAAUGUAUCUUUGCUAAAAUUAUUAGUUUA